AGCCCAGAAUCAGAUUUGGGCCGGGUCCAAAAACCAUUAUAUUUAAGCCUUUUCAUCUUACGCAACUUCUCCCUCUGAAGAUUUUAGGGUUUUUGUUUCCGUGAACAGUUUCUUCUUAGGUCUGAGCCAAUAUCCUCUGCAAAAAUGGUUCUUCAAAACGAUAUUGAUUUGUUAAACCCUCCUGCUGAGCUUGAGAAGAGAAAGCACAAGCUCAAGCGUCUUGUUCAAUCACCAAACUCUUUCUUCAUGGAUGUAAAAUGCCAGGGUUGUUUCAACAUAACAACUGUCUUUAGCCACUCUCAGACUGUUGUGGUGUGCGGAAACUGUCAGACUGUUUUGUGCCAGCCAACAGGUGGUCGUGCAAGGCUUACAGAAGGAUGCUCCUUUAGGAAGAAGGGAGAUUAAAUGGUGUGUCAUUUUUUCUUUGUCUAAGAUUGGAGAGUUGUGGUUGUUAGGUUUUUAAGAUGAAUCAAUAUCUUUUCAUGUUUUAGUUUCUAUGUAUUAAAUUUUGUUUAAUUGUAAGACUUGUUGCCACAGUCUUUUCCAAGAAUUUAUAAUCUAGACUUUUUAUUUA